AUGUCAAGUGGUAUAUUGUUAACUAGGCCAGCCGAUGGACGAAUUGACGUUGAUCUGAACUCGAGGAUUGCCCGCACACUCGCUCAGAUCGUCGAGCUGCAACAGGAAGACGUCCACAGCCCACCUCCCAACUAUGAGCAGGGGCUGCAACAGCAGCAACGUCAAGAUUAUCAACUACAACCGAUUGAGUGCAACAUCCACCUCAAUAUUGUGAUCCAGAUUGUUGGUAGCCGCGGCGACGUCCAUCCUUUUAUCGCCCUAGGUACCGAGCUGCAAAAGCACGGUCAUCGCGUCCGUCUAGCCACACAUGAUGUUUUCGCAGACUUUGUACGAUCGUCCGGACUCGAGUUUUAUCCCAUCGGCGGUGAUCCAGCGGAGCUUAUGGCCUUCAUGGUGAAAAAUCCCGGCCUCCUACCGCAGAUGAACAGCCUUCGGGGCGGGGAGAUCCAGAAAAAGCGAGCCAUGGUUGCAACGAUGCUUGACGGGUGCUGGCGUUCGUGCAUCGACGAUGACCCGCUUACCAAGGUCCCCUUUGUGGCGGAUGCAAUUAUUGCGAAUCCGCCCGGCUUCGCGCAUGUGCAUUGUGCGCAGGCCUUGAGGAUCCCGGUCCAUCUGAUGUUUACCAUGCCGUGGAGUAGUACGACUGCUUUCCCUCAACCGUUGGCGAAUUUGCGGCCGUCGGAUAUGAGUCCCCGGACGGCGCACUGGGUUUCGUAUGGUGUGGUAGAGUGGCUGACCUGGCAGGGGUUAGGCGAUGUGAUCAACCGAUGGCGAGCCACUAUUGACUUGGAUCCCAUUCCUAUGGCCGAGGGGCCCAGUUUGGCAGAGACCCUCAAGAUCCCUUUCACGUACUGCUGGUCUCCAGCUCUGGUACCAAAGCCUACGGACUGGGCUGAACAUAUCGAUGUGUGUGGCUUCUUCUUCCGGCAUCCACCGUCGUACCAACCACCACCAGAUCUCGAGCAAUUCCUUGCUUCAGGGCCACCACCUGUGUAUAUCGGCUUUGGAAGCAUCGUUGUGGACGACCCGCAACGCUUGUCUAAUACAGUAUUGCAGGCAGUUGCAGAGUCGGGUGUUCGUGCCAUCGUGUCACGAGGUUGGAGCAAGUUGGCCGGAGACGGGAAUCCAAACAUCUUCUUCAUCGGCGACUGUCCCCACGAAUGGCUGUUCCAGCAUGUUUCGGCGGUUGUCCACCACGGAGGGGCUGGAACGACCGCCUGUGGUCUUGCCAACGGGAAGCCAACGGUCGUCGUACCUUUUUUUGGAGAUCAACAAUUUUGGGGAAGCAUGAUUGCAAGGGCUGGGGCAGGCCCAUCUCCCAUUCCCCAUGCUACACUCAGCGUUCAGAAUCUGGCCGACGCUAUUCGAUUCUGCCUCAAGCCACAGACCGUUGCUGCUGCGCGUGAAAUUGCCGCCAAGAUGCAGUAUGAGUCGGGCGUCACUGCCGCCGUACAGUCCUUCUACCGGCAUCUUCCGCUGGAGCAGAUGAGAUGCCAGGUAUUCCCAGACCAGGUUGCUGUAUGGACAUACACGAGGUUCAAGCGUGAAAUUCGAUUAUCGAGGAAAGCCGUGCAGAUUCUCAUCGACCACCUAAAGAUUGAUCCAAAGAAUCUCCGCUGUUAUGAUAUUAAACCGAUCGUCAUCGAGAACCGCCGCUGGGAUCCCCUCACUGGCGUCACCUCCGCAGCCGUAGGCACCGGCACUGACCUGCUCAAAAAUACCACGAACAUGUUCUACAAACCGUACAAAGAACUCGCUCGCAAUAGGACCGAAGUCUCCUCCGAUGGCGAAGAGCGCAACCCUGUUGCCACCGCCGGGGCCAUGGCAGGGCAAUUUGCCAAAAGUUUCGGACAGUUCAUGGGGUCGUACACUAGGGGUGUCAUUGUAGAUAUCCCGCACGCUGCAGCGGAGGGAUUCCGGCAGGUCCCGCGCCUGUAUGGCGAACAGCCCAAGAACUACGGGGCUGUGCAGGAUUGGAAGUCGGGGGCUACGGUUGGGGGAAAGAACUUCGUGGAUGGCAUGAUGGAAGGAUUCUCGGGGCUGGUCACUCAGCCGAUCAAAGGGGGGAAGGAGGAGGGCGCGCUGGGUGUUGUCAAGGGUUUGGCAAAGGGAACAGCGGGAUUCAUGACCAAGGUUCCUUCCGCUGGACUGGGGCUCGUCGCGUAUCCAUUUCAAGGUAUUGUGAAGAGUAUUGAGUCGUCGGUUAGGUCCAAGACGAGGAAGGCUAUUAUCACGGCGCGACUACGGGAUGGGUAUGAGUUGAGCAGACGGGAGGCAGUUUCGCAGGAGGAGAGACAGUUUGUCCUGCAGAAGUUUCAGAGUCUUUUGUGCAGUACAAAUACCUCCCCUACCUAG